GGAAGGGAUGCGGAGGCUGCACACAGCCUUGGGUUUGCAGGCGUGUGGAAGUUGUUGAAAUAGGUAAAGGGUCGAAACUGGCAUUUGGAAAAUGGUGACUGUUUCUUUAGUUACUUAAAUGAUGCACGAAUAUAAGGGAAAACUGGGCCACUAAGAAUUUUUCCUGUUUUGCGGUUUUCUGUCAGCAGAAGGUAAAACAUGUCAUUGAAAAUAUAAAAUUUUACAUAAACAGCUGAUGUUUACAUAAGCCUAGAUAAGUUUGUGAAAUACACAGAUCGCCGAAGAUGCAGUGCUAGCUGAACUUGGCUAUCCUGCUGUUUGUCCAUGUAAUAAUUUAUCUUCUUUUUUUUUUUUGUAUUGUUGCAGUGUAAGAACAAAGUGAGCAUCUGCAUCUCUACCAAAGCAACCACCUGCAUUCCUUCUCUCCUCUGGAAUGGACAAUGGGAUGGUCUCUGGCUUUAUCAUGAUCAAAAACUUCUUCCUCUUCUGCGUUUCCAUGAGUUUAGCCAGCCACUUCGGCUUCUCGCAAACGCCAACAGCAUCGGGAAAAGAGGACGCCAAUGAUAACAUCACUAUAUUCACCAGGAUCUUGGACGGUCUGCUGGACGGCUACGACAACCGACUGCGCCCGGGACUGGGAGAGAGAAUAACUCAGGUGAAAACAGACAUCUAUGUAACGAGUUUUGGUCCUGUGUCAGACACAGAAAUGGAAUAUACCAUUGACGUUUUUUUCCGACAAAGCUGGAAAGAUGAAAGGCUGCGAUUCAAAGGGCCUAUGCAGCGCCUCCCUCUUAACAACCUGCUCGCCAGCAAGAUUUGGACACCAGACACUUUUUUCCACAACGGCAAGAAGUCUAUUGCUCACAACAUGACAACUCCAAACAAACUUCUGCGCCUGGAGGAUGAUGGCACUCUGCUGUAUACCAUGAGGUAA